AAUAGAGUGACUGAGGAGAUAUCCCUUGAUCCCGUGAUUAACCAGACUGGAAGUGUUUGGCAUGUUUUCGUCAAAGUGGAUUUUAAAGACAUGCUUUACGGCUAUAAAUUUGAUGGGAAGUUUUCUCCUGAAGAAGGGCACUACUAUGAUCCUUCUCGGAUUGUGUUGGACCCCUAUGGAAAGGCAGUUAUAUGUAGAGGAGAAUACGGAACUUUAGGUCCAGAUGGUAAUUGUUGGCCCCAAAUGGCAUGCGCGGUUCCUUUCUUUGAUAAUGAGUUUGACUGGGAAGGAGACUUACCUCUUAAAUAUCCUCAAGAAGAUCUAAUUGUAUAUGAAAUGCAUGUACGGGGGUUUACAAGGCAUGAAUCUAGCGGGACUGAAUUCCCUGGUACAUAUCUUGGUGUUGUGGAGAAGCUUCAUCACUUACAGGAACUUGGGGUUAACUGUAUAGAGUUAAUGCCAUGUCAUGAGUUCAAUGAGCUUGAGUACUACAGCUACAAUUCUGCCAUAGGUGAUUAUAAGGUAAACUUUUGGGGAUAUUCGACUGUCAAUUACUUUUCACCAAUGCUAAGAUAUUCGUCUGCGGGAACACAUAAUUGCGGCCAUGAUGCAGUGAAUGAACUCAAGCUUCUUAUUAGAGAAGCACAUAAGCGAGGAAUUGAGGUGAUCAUGGAUGUUAUUUUCAAUCACACAGUUGAAGUUUCAGCAGAAAAAUGGUGGAUGAAAUGGAAAAACAAAGGUAAAGGGUCAACUGAUUUACCAAGUUGGAUCCAAUCGAUGAAUGUGUUUGCUCCUCCAACAAAAACCCCAACCAUGAUGUCGAUUCCUUACCGGAAUUUCUCCACCGGCGAUACCGACCGCGAAAAAAGCUCAAAUGAAUACAACGGGAUGACAGAGGAAAGGGAUCCUCGCUCAAAAGAAGUUACAGUGGACAUGAAAGAAAGGAAAACCACUUCCACAUUUCAGCGCAUUUUGGUGAAUUGUGCAGCUCAGGCAAAAGAAUACGGGACUUGUGUUGCAGCAAAGGUUCCAGAGGUUGAACGAGACAUGUGUCUGAAAGAAUUUCUUGCUCUUAAGAAUUGCAUGCAGAAUACGGUACCCUGCGGGGAAAGGCUUGAGGAGUGUUCUUCUUUCAAUAGGAUAAUUGUCAAAAAGUGGCAAGUCCCGUUUCAAGUACUUAGAGGCAGUAGUUGGAAGCAAAUAAGGAGUGUUUUGUCCGUCAAUAAGUAG